CUGCAGGGUCACAGGGGACAGACCUGUUCGGGGUUGGGAGGACUAAGUCCAGCAUGAAAGGCGGGGACACAAACAGGUCGCUCGAGGGGCGCAGUUACUCGAAAAAGUAAUCUCGUUACUGCCACUACCCAACAGGACUCACUAGCAAACUGAUGCGCAUCGCUAUUGGACGCUGCCAGGGUUGGACUCCAGCACCCCGCCGCCUGUUACUCAAACACAGGGAGCGCGUCUGGUCAGUCGCUCCUUGUUGCGCGCUGGAUAUGGAUAAGGACGCAGCGUGCCUUCCUACUGUCUCCCGCGGACGGGCUGCACUCUGCGGCGCAUAAAAAAAGGUGCCCAAAUGAGUCACCGCCCUCCUGGCUCCCCCGGCGUGCAAUGGCUUAACAGGAGAGACAUGAGUGUCCGGACGGAGGACACCAUCACCUUGUGCCAGAGGGCUCUCGAAAUCAUCACGGAACUUUGUCUCACGGGAAACGUAGACCGGGAGAAAUGUUCGGAUAUUUUUCCCCUGGAGAGCAACAUACCAGGUAAAGGACACGCAGACAUCUCUAUUAGUCUCCUUGCUGUGGUCGUGGGUUUCUGUGGCCUCGCCCUGUUGGUAGUCUCUCUCUUUGUCUUUUGGAAGCUGUGCUGGCCCUUUUGGAGGAGCAAGGCUCUGUCAGCCCAUGCCGAAAAUGGCCUCAAUGUUGGUUUCCCCGAGCCGCCUCCACCCAACUCGUCGCCGGUCACUGAGUGCAAAGUGGCGGAGGUGGAGAAGAAGUACCCGCUGGAAGUGAAGAUGAAUGGACGGAGCACUGUCAAGCUCCUAGAGGCGGCCAUGAAGAUCAGCCAGACGUCUCCGGACAUCCCCGCCGAGGUGCAAACAGCCCUGAAGGAGAAGCUCAGCCAGCAGGCUAAGAUCCAGAGGCAGACCACCGAGCCCACCUCCUCCUCCAGGCACAAUUCAUUCCGGCGCCACCUGCCUCGCCAGAUGAAUGUCACCAGUGUUGACUUCAGCAUGGACACAGUGCCUCUCCGCCAGUCUUCUACAGUGAGCAUUGGAAGAAUAAAGCCUGAACUCUACAAGCAGAAAUCUGUGGACUCAGAGGGUGAGGCUAAAGAGCCCGUGGAGACUUGUGGAAAGCUCAGCUUCUCACUACGUUACGACCACGAGGAGCAAGCUUUGGUGGUGAGAAUCCUUAAGGCCUUGGACCUGCCUGCCAAAGACUUCACGGGCACCUCCGACCCCUACGUGAAGAUCUACCUGCUACCAGAGAGGAAGAAGAAGUUCCAGACACGCGUCCACCGCAAGAAUCUGAACCCCAUGUUUGACGAGACCUUCUGUUUCCCCGUGGUGUAUGAUGAGAUUUGCAACCGCAAGCUGCACUUCAGCGUCUACGACUUUGACCGCUUCACCAGCCAUGAUAUGAUUGGCGAGGUGGUGGUGGACAACCUCUUUGAACUCUCUGAUCUUUCCAGGGAGGCUGUAGUGUGGAAGGAUAUUCAUGCAGCAACUACGGAGAGUGUUGACCUGGGAGAGAUCAUGUACUCGCUGUGCUAUCUUCCGACAGCAGGAAGAAUGACCCUAACAGUCAUCAAAUGCAGAAACCUCAAAGCCAUGGACAUCACAGGCUCCUCAGACCCUUAUGUGAAGGUUUACCUGAUAUGUGAUGGACGGAGGUUGAAGAAGCGAAAAACAACCACCAAGAAAAGCACGCUCAAUCCAGUGUACAACGAGGCCAUCAUCUUCGACAUUCCCCCGGAGAACGUGGAACAAGUCUGUCUGUCCAUCAUGGUGAUGGAUUAUGAUCGGGUUGGACACAAUGAGGUGAUCGGUGUGUGUCGCACCGGGCCAGAUGCUGAGGGUCUUGGACGAGAUCACUGGAACGAAAUGUUGGCUUACCCGCGUAAGCCCAUCACACACUGGCACGCCCUGGGAGAGGAAAUUACAGUGGCCGGGAAGAGCAGCAAGCUUUGAGAGUCAAGGUUCGUGUCCUUCACCCAAACCUCCACAGACCCCCUGAUGGUCGCAGGUAGAGUGAGAACACCACCUCUGUAAGGAAGCAAGACAUUCGUUUAGAGUUGCUGAGUCUCUUGUGAGCAUGUUGUAUGAAAAUUCAUCCCAACAUGUUUAUAUGUUUAUAAAAAACAAGGUUGUAUUGAAAUGGUUCUUAUUCAUUCAUUUGA